GUUGCUAGUGCAUAUAUAGUGUGGAUUACUGGGCGUCUGGGAGCUCUUCAUCCUAGCAAGCCAGCUUUCGUCGUUAGAAAUUGCAUAUUUUCGUGCAGUCCAACCAAACCAAGAUGGCCCGUACGCAGGUUCUCCUCCUGCUCGUCUUCCUCCUUGCCUGCCUGCUUGAUGCUCCUCACCUAACUAGUGCUGCAGAAACAGAUCCAACAUCACCUAUCUCCUUCAACUUCGACUUCUCCAAGAAGUACCGCGGAGAAGACUUGGGAUUGGAGGGCAGCGCCGACCCGAAAGUGAAUAAAGGGUUCGUCGACCUCACCUGCAGCUCAUCCAAGACUGACUUCUCCAAGUGCAAACCUGGACAGAUGUCGUACAAUCAUUCUUCUGUGCCCUUGUGGGACAGAACCACCAACGAGUUGGCUAGCUUCGCCACCAAGUUCACUUUCAAGAUUGUUCUCUCAGAUUACAAAAACAAGAGUAAGGGAGAUGGUAUGGCUUUCUUCCUUGCGAAUUACCCAUCAAGACUGCCAGAAAAUUCAGGAGGGUAUGCCCUUGGCCUCAUGAACGGUGCAUUCCCUAUUGCCUAUGACACGGAUUGGUUCAUAGCCGUCGAGUUUGACACGUACAACAACCCCUGGGAAGAUCCCAAGCAAAACGGUGACCACAUCGGCAUCGACAUCAGCUCGGCGACUUAUAUUCGAUUAACACGACAGGCUUAAACUUCAGCGGGAACGAGACCAUGAAGGCUUCGAUCACCUUUCACAACAUCACAAUGAUGCUGGUCGUCUCACUGCAUUUUCUUAAUUCUAGCUCUGCACCCAUUCAGGUCAGCGCAAAACUACCAAAUCCUAGGACCUUGCUCCCACCGGAGGUGGCGGUGGGGUUUUCUACAUCCACCGGGUCAGCCUUCGAGCUCCAUCAGAUACUAUCAUGGUCUUUCAACUCUACUCUUGCUGCUCCGCUGGUACAGAAAGUUUCCGAUGUUCCGGAGGAGAGCGUUUCCGUUGAGGAAGGUUCCGAAGC